UUAUCCGCCAUGUUAUUUGUGCACGGAAUGGGCGAGACCAUUUAUCAUUGUUGAAUUGCUUGCAGAGAGACACUAUGAAGACAAUGGGUUUAUGAUCUCAUGAAUCACCAUUCUCUCGUGCCAAUGUGACGUCACUCAAGCUAGCUUUCAGCCGAAGAUGAAACAUUAGUUGGAGAUGGAGGGUGAAAGUAGUCAUGCACUGAAGAUACCAGAGACGAUCCACUCCGGGGAUGAAGAAUUUGUCAUAGAAAUCAACUCCGACUAUAGUGAUGAAGAAACAGAUGACGAUAAUGAAAAGAGAAAUGAAUGGGAAAUGGGCCACUAUGAUGAGACAGAUUCUGUGGAACAGUGCACUGAUCAGAAACAUCUUACAAAUGAAAAUCAAAGAGAUCUACAACCAACCAAGACUGCCAAAGUAGCCAGUCCACUGAAGAUCGGAAGAGACCUUGAUGGCAAGGUGAAUUUCAUUGGUUUGGAAUCUUUCGAUAGUGAACUAAAUUCUGAUCACAUGGAAAAUGACAUGCCUUCAGGACUUGAAAAUAUUAAAAUCAUUAACGUUUGCACUCUAGCCAAUGAUUUCGAACAAGAUACAUUAGGGAACCCGAGAAUGGAGAGCUCCAACUCUGAACAGUAUAUGAAUACUGAAGGUGACCUUCAAGAUCCUGAUAUGCCUUCAAGAUCAUCAAACAUGAUUAUUAUUAAUGAACAACAUUCACAAAGCACUCUGUCCAUGAUGCUUGUAUGCAAAUUUUGUCAUCAGCUGUUUCCUACGCAUGAAGCAUUACAUUGUCAUACCAAACAGCAUAUAGAAAACAAAGAUGAACAUUCUGUAGAGAAACAUUUUUUCCAAAAAGUACCAGAUGAAGAAUUGCAGAAGAUAAAUGUAAAGGAAGGGGACAAAGAGGGAGACAGAUCACACCAAGGGAACAAAUAUACUGCUAAAAAAAGGAAAAGUACUGAAAAUGACAGUGGUGAGCGAAAAUCAAUGAGAACGAAGAAAAAGGAAAGACGUGGACUGGUUGAUGAGGAGAAUAAAUGUGAGAAGUGUGGCAAGAUUUUCAUGAAAGAUUAUCAAUACAAAUCACACACUUCAUUCUGCAAAGGGAAAAUAACUCAGAUGGCUACAUGCUUUGAAUGUAACAAAAUGAUUCCAGCUCAUAAAGAGUAUGAACAUGCUCUAAAAUACCACGAUAUAGUUUGUCCAAUAUGUGGUGUAAAUCAGAUGAAAGAAUCUAAACUUAGAAACCACAUGAAGUUCAUGCACAAGAUUUUUAAUUAUGGAAAGGAUACACAAAAAUCUGACAUUCAGAAUCAGAUUUGUGUUGUGGAGCAAGUUUAUUACAAAACGUGUCAUUCUUGUGGUAAAGUGUGUGGAUCUUAUGAAGAAUUUAAGGAACACAGAAAAGAGCACAAAACUAUGAAACAUAUAGAGACUGCAGCCACUACAGAAAAAACCAAAGAGGAGGAAAACAAAACUCAAAAAGAUCCGGAGGGGACUGCAUCAGUGAAGCCAAAGAAGGAAACACCAAAUCAGUCCUCCACCGUAAAGUGUGAAAAUUGUGAUAAGGAGUUUUCCUCCCUCUAUCAAUUAGAGAGCCACCUAAAGAGAUGCUCUGCCAAAGCUGUAAAAGUGACACUGUGUGAUGUAUGUGAACUGCUGGUGCCUUAUGACGAACAUAAAGCGCAUGUCAAAUCUCAUGAAAUUAUAUGUGAUAUGUGUGGAAAGGUUUGCUUGGGAGAAAAACGUUUUAAAUGGCACACUAUUCAUUGUCCAGCGAAACAGAAUAUGGCAAAAGUUGUUAAAGAAGAAAGUGUGAUGAAAACUGAAACUGAAAGACCUCAAAAAACUUUUUCAAACAAGAACAAUUGGCAAAUAAAGAAAACAUGGAGAUCAAUUCAGUUGACCAGAAAUUUGAAGCGAAAAUUAACUCAAAAACAAAAGUUAUUUUUGGAAAAAGAAAUGGGAAUAGAUCCUAAAACAUGGGAUGAAAGCAAUGUUGUAAGUAGUGAAUUAUUAGAUGAGAUGAUAAAAAGAGGAAUCCAACAGCAGAACAGUGAGAGUGAUAAGCAUGAUAAGGCAGUCGAAACAGCAGCAGUUAAUGAAGAAAGGGAAAAUUCUCCAAUCAGUAGCAAAUUAGUCUCAGAAAAUUGUGAAGAGGACGAAGUUAUUGCCAAGUUUGAUCGAGACGCCCACCAAGACAAAGCAAGCACUGAGGAUUUAAGUAAUAGCAAGAAUGAUGGCUCUCCUGGGAAAUAUGACAGUCAGAUUCCUCUGGCAGCAGGUUCUGUGGAAUGUAAGACUAGAAAAAAUGGAAGAAGGAUUUUGGGAAGAAGAAAUCUCCUAGGGCGAAGUAGAAGAAGAAAGAUGGAAAGGAAACGGAAAACAGAUCAAAAGCAGGAGGAUAUUGUUUCCCUGGCUCUUGCUGUUGUGGAGAGAAAGUGUGAAGAAGUUCAUGCAAAUAUUUCUGGAGCAGCAGAUACACCUUUUCAAGAUUCAGUAGAAAAUUCCAGAAAUACACUUUGGAUAGAACCUGCUUCAAGUUCUCAGUUCAUGGCUCCUAAAAUUUCCCAAGACAGAACAGAAGCAGAAUCUGAUUUUGAUGAAGAGAUUCUUAUGGAAAGUUCAGAAAAACAUAAAAUUCCAACUUCCGAGCCAAUAGUAAAUUCUGCGAUAUUAAAUUUUAAUGGGAUGGAAAAGUCUUGUCUGGAUGACUGGCUUACUCAGACUUUGUCGAGUGACAAUGCCCAAAUCUGGAUUUGUCGACAUUGUGGAAAGCAGUUGAGCACUAGAGAAGAGGGCUUUCAUCACAUGAUUAGAUGCCAUCCAACCAACAAGACUACUAAGGAAAUUGUAAAGGAAAUGAAGAUGAUAAGGUGGAAGAUGCUUUCGAGAUCAGAAACAGAUGCUGUGCGUGAAUAGGAUUUAUUCUGUUAUGAAAUAUGUAUAUUAUGUAUAGAUGUGUUGUCAAGUCACCAGUGUAUGAACACGGAUUAAGAUGACCUCUUAUGAUAGGUGUCCAUCAGUUUUCAGAUGUGCAUGUCCCAUUCAUUAUGAGUGUUUUUGGUCCCUAUCCUUUAGGUUCUUAGAGGUGGGGGGAAAACCUAAAAUAAAGUUUGAUCUUUAAAAAUCCUUUCCUUUGAACUGAAGAUAAAUAAAAUUGCAUUUAAAUUGGAUACAUAUCAUGUAGUAUGUAUAGUAUUUAGCAUGGAAGCCUCUACAAAUGUUAAUCUUAAUUAGAAAAUUGGGUUGGAAUUGGGUUCAGAAGCCAAGGGUUUAGCUAAGUGGAUCGUAUGUUCAUGCUGUUGAAAUUUUAUGAAUAUUGUUUUCUGUACUUUUAAAACUGAUUGCAUACAAUGUAUAAUUUACAAUAAGUUUGGCUUCUCUACCAAGAUUGUGAAAGUCGUGAUUUUCUGGUCAAAGGUUCAUGCCCCAUGCCAUGUCUAUUACAUAUAAUUCAUAUACAUAAAAUGCUUUACAGUGGACAGCCUUAGAAAUCUUUACUUUUGAUGAUUUAUCAUAUAAUUUUGGUGCAUAGUUAUGAUAAUUUGAAGACCAAUACCAAAUUUUUUAAUUCGUGACUCCCACGUCUUGAGUUUAGGCCCCAAGGUGAAGCUGUGUAACUUAUGAUUGAACUACAUUGAACAUCUUUUAUAGACUGGGUGCAUAGCUAUACAAGUAAUGCCUGCAAACAAAUGGUUGGUGUGUGUACAUGAAUUGCAAUGAUAUGACCCUGAACAAAGGUCAUUUGAAACAGUUCAAGGUUCUUAAGAUGAAAAACGAGAAAGAACUGUCGGGGUCACAAAGAAUUGUUAGAGCCACAACUUUGUAACAGAGAGACAUCAGAAAUACAUACCUGGAAUGUGGAAUAAGAUUGCUAAUGAUCAGACAGUGUUUAAUGAUCCUAAACCAAGGUUAUUUAGCCAAGGUCACAGGUUAAAAGAAACUAGCUAAAAUAAGUUAACCAUAGUCUGUGAGGAAGCUAAAAUAAAUAAUGUGUAAUGUGUGAGAUUAAAAUGAGUUCAUAUACAUACAGUGUAUGUAUAAUCAUUUACCAUAAUUUGUGUUUAGCUAAUCUGAGCUAAAAGUUCAAAUGAGUUUCCUGAAGUUUUAUCCAGGCACAAUUAUAUAUUUGUUGUAAAUUUGAGAAGUUUUACAUCUCGGGAACUGCUUGACUAUUUUAAUUAGAAUUGAUCUGAAAUCUUUAUGGAUUAGGAAAAAGCUUUUUGAAUUUUGUGGUUCUUUCCCAUUGGUUUUGGACCAAAACUUUGAAGAAUAGUUCAAUGUUUGAAGAAUGUUUGUUUUCCUAAUCCUUUGUAUUUAACAGAAUAUUUGUGUAAAGAUGAAAAGUGAAACAUGUAUCAAAAUAAUGAAAUUCAUGGCCAUUGGUUCAGGACUCUGGGAAUUAUAGGGGCAUGGAGAAGAUUUUGGGACACUUUUUUUCCAGAUAUUUAAUUGAUAACAUGAUGCUAUUUGAUUUGUGUAAAACAGCAACAAAUUCAAAUUUCAAAAUCUGACGCAAAGAUGUAUUUGAGAAAUCUAAACUUCAUUUUCAAAACAAGGCAUGAACCCUGUUUAUGUUUACAUGUCACGUGAUUCAACGGUGAACUUUGGCGACACGCUAAAGUUGACAGGCUUUUAUAACGAAAAUUUUCUUUUCUUUUUUUUGUGCUUGCUCCCUAAAUUGAUUUAUCAUUAAUUAGCAUACAAGUAUAUCAAAUGUUGAAUGCUUAAUUUUGACAUACUUUUUAGAAAUCUUGAGUAUUCUCACUUUCACACAUGGUUUCCUGGCUAUGACAAGCAUAUUGACAAUUAAACACUAUUUUUGGAGCUGGUUUUUAUGUAAAUUAUACAAAGAUAUAUCCCAUGUGAAAAUAUUUUUAAUCCACUUAUAAAUAUUUUUAAAAGACCCUUUAUAUUUUUAUAACUGCAAAAAAAACCCUGUCAAUGUCAAUCUAUCAAAAAUCGUGUCCAUGCCCCUUUAAGCCCCAUGGUAGGGUUUUGUGAAUCAUCUGGUCAAAAGAUUGUGCAUGUGUUGUAUUCAAACUUGCUUACUGUGUUUUCAUGGGCAUCAAAUUUUGUGGAUUUGUCGAAGAAUAGUUUUGUUAAUAAAUAAUUUCAUAGAGAGUACAUUGCUAUAUGUGCUUGCUUUAUGAGCAAAUGUUUUUAA